AUGGCGCCGUCUCGGGUCCUGCUCCUCGCCCGGGACACGAGCGCGGCGGCGACCGCGGAGUUCUGGAAGCCCGGGGCCGUGAGCUUCGCGGACGUGGCCGUGUACUUCUCCCCGGAGGAGUGGGGCUGCCUGCGGCCCGCGCAGAGGGCCCUGUACCGGGACGUGAUGCGCGAGACCUACGGCCUCCUGGGCGCGCUCGGAGGAGGAGGCGCCAAGCCAGCGCUCAUCUCCUGGGUGGAGGAAGAGGCUGAACUAUGGGGUCCGGAUGCCCAGGAUCCAGAGGUGGCCAGGUGUCUGACAGAAGCAGACACAGGUUCUGGAGACAAGGAAAAGGAAAUUGUACUGAAAAAGACACCUCGUACCCAAGCUGGGUUGAAGGCUCCUCAGACCCUGUCCUCUGGUCCCGCUUAUGCUUUGGAGCUGCUAUCCAAAGCACCUCACCAGGGCCAACCCCCUCAUGGUGCUCACCCCUCUGUCCCAAGAGCAGACCAGCGUCAUGGCUGCUACGUAUGUGGGAAGAGUUUUGCUUGGCGCUCCACACUGGUGGAGCACCUCUACACCCAUACUGGUGAAAAGCCCUUUCGUUGCCCCGACUGUGACAAGCCCUUCGGCCGAGCAUCCUCCCUGAGCAAGCACCGGGCCAUCCACCGAGGGGAACGGCCCCAUCGCUGUCCUGAUUGUGGCCGAGCCUUUACGCAGCGCUCUGCCCUUACCACCCACCUGCGGAUCCACACUGGGGAGAAGCCCUACCGUUGUGCCGAUUGUGACCGCUGUUUCAGCCAGAGUUCUGCCCUCCAUCAGCACAGACGGGUGCACAGUGGCGUGACUCCCUUCCCCUGCACAGACUGUGGCCGAGCCUUUGCCCAUGCCUCAGAUCUUCGGCGCCACAUUCGUACCCAUACUGGUGAGAAACCUUACACAUGCCCAGAUUGCGGGCGCUGCUUCCGCCAGAGCUCUGAAAUGGCAGCUCACAGACGGACCCACAGUGGCAUCCGCCCCUACCCUUGCCCUCAGUGUGGAAGGUGCUUCAGCCAGAAAUCAGCUAUGGCCAAGCACCAGUGGGUCCAUCGGCCAGCAGCUCUGGGCGGUCGGGUUAGGGAAGCCCGUGAGUUGCCUUUUCCCACGGACCCUGGCCAAGGGGACCUCGAACCACCUGUGGGUUUCCAGCACUAUCCAGAGAUAUUCCAGGAGUGUGGGGGAUGGUGUUCAAAGUGACAAGGCAGUGGAUGAAAACCCAGACAUUGCCAGAGGCCCUAGAUGGUUCAGGGACAUUUUCAGAGUUUUCUAGACCCCCACCAGCUUCAUUUGCAGACCCCCUGCUCCUACUAAUCCUGGCUCCAAGCUUUCACUGCCAAGGCAGGGCUGAGGUAGGAAACCACUCUAGUCCUCCAAAUGGGAAGCUAAGGCCCUUUCUUGGCUCAGGAAUGUUGAGAGACACUUGUAUGACCCCAUUGCCUGUUGUUUUUAUUUUGUUCGGUUUUUUCCAACCAUGUUCAGCCUCAUUGCCUUUGUUUGUUUGUUUUUCCAGGUAAGGUCUCACUUCAUAGUUGCAGGCUGGCCUCAAAUCCCACUUUUUGUUUUUGCUUUUUGAGGUAGGGUCUCACUCUAGCCCACGCUUAC